CCCAAUACGCACAAGCUUUAAAAAUCAAGAAUUCUAAAGGCAGGUUCAAAAGGAUCGUGGAAAUUUGUCAAAAGAAGAAAAUGUGUGAGGGUGGAGAUAUGAUUGAAAUGGAAAGUGAAGAAAAAGAUGAGAGGAAGGAUGCUCAUGGAGGUUGUGGAGCAUAUGUACCAAGGAUCUUUAUUGAAGGUUUAAAAGUAAUGUAUCAGUAUAAGCUUCCCAAGAAAGCAGAUGAAGAAGCUCGGGCAAAAUUCUCCGAGAAAAAACAAGAGUUGACUGCAGAAAAGAUUUUGACCAUUUUGAAGGGAAUAACUGAUGAGCAGUGUGAAAUGUUGGGUUUCAACACCAAGUACGCUCGCCCAGAUUGGAUGAUUUUGGAAGUUCUUCCAGUUCCCCCUCCUCCAGUCAGACCUUCUAUAAAGCCAGACCCUACAUCGAGGAGUGAGGAUGAUCUCACAUUUAUGCUUGCUUCAAUUAUUCGAUGCAAUGAUACUUUGAGGAGCAAGGAAAAAGCUGGGGUUGCACCUCAUAUUAUCACAGAGUACACUCAAUUAAUGCAGUUCCAUCUCGCUACUUACAUCGACAAUGAUUUGCCUGGUCAGCCAAAGGCCACUCAAAAAUCUGGCCGGCCGAUGAAGUCCAUUUCUAAUAGACUGAAGGCCAAGGAGGGUCGCAUAAGAGGGAAUUUGAUGGGUAAACGUGUGGACUUUUCUGCACGUACAGUCAUUACUGCUGAUCCAAAUCUCAACAUUGAUGAACUAGGAGUGCCUUGGAGUAUUGCGUUGAACAUGACUUUUCCAGAAAUUGUGACUCCAUAUAACAUAGAUAGAUUAAAAGAGCUUGUGGAAUAUGGGUCUUACCCUCCUCCCGGGAAACCAGGGGCCAAAUCUAUUAUCAGAGAUGAUGGGAAAAGAACUGAACUUCGUUAUAUGAAAAAAGGUCUUGACCGUCAUUUAGAAUAUGGUUACAAGGUGGAAAGAAACUUGAUCGAUGGUGAUUAUGUUCUUUUUAACCGGCAACCUAGUCUUCAUAAGAUGUCUAUCAUGGGGCAUAGAAUAAAAGUUAUGCCAUAUUCAACAUUUCGAUUGAACCUUUCAGUCACAUCACCUUACAAUGCUGAUUUUGAUGGAGAUGAGAUGAACAUGCAUGUACCACAGUCCUAUGAAACAAGAGCAGAAGUAAUAGAACUAAUGCUGGUACCGAAGUGUGUUGUCUCUCCUCAGGCCAACAAGCCAGUUAUGGGAAUUGUCCAAGACACACUUUUGGGUUGCCGAAAGAUAACUCAAAGGGAUACAUUUAUAGAGAAGGAUGUUUUUAUGAAUAUCUUAUUGUGGUGGGAGGAUUUUGAUGGAAAAGUACCUUCUCCAGUAAUUCUUAAGCCAAGGUCACUUUGGACUGGCAAGCAAGUAUUCAAUCUGAUCAUCCCCAGGCAGAUUAAUCUUAUAAGAUACUCUUCGUGGCAUUCAGAGUCUGAAUCCGGAUUUAUUACACCAGGGGAUACAUGUGUACGCAUUGAGAAAGGAGAAGUUAUUUCAGGAACUCUUUGCAAGAAAACCCUGGGAGCAUCUUCUGGAAGUCUUAUUCAUGUGAUCUGGGAAGAGGUUGGUCCUGAUGCUGCUCGUAAGUUCUUAGGUCAAUCCCAAUGGCUCGUUAACUAUUGGCUUUUACAGCAUGGUUUUACUAUGGGUAUAGGAGACACUAUUGCAGAUUCUAAAACGGUAAAAAUUAUUUCAGAAACAAUAUCAAAAGCAAAAUAUGACGUCCAAAUGCUUAUUGAGAAAGCUCGGUCCAAAACAUUGGAAGCUGAACCUGGACGUACAAUGAUGGAAUCAUUUGAAAACAAAGUGAAUCAGGUAUUGAACAAGGCUCGUGAUGAUGCAGGAACUUUUGCUCAGAAAAGCUUAGAUGAUAGCAAUAACUUGAAAGCAAUGGUUACAGCUGGGUCAAAGGGAAGUUUUAUUAACAUAUCACAAAUGACUGCUUGUGUGGGGCAGCAAAAUGUAGAAGGAAAGCGUAUUCCAUUUGGAUUCGAUGGUCGGACUCUACCACAUUUCACAAAGGAUGAUAGUGGUCCUCAAAGUCGUGGUUUUGUGGAGAAUUCUUAUUUGCGUGGUCUAACUCCACAGGAGUUCUUCUUUCAUGCAAUGGGAGGCCGAGAAGGUUUGAUUGAUACUGCUGUGAAAACUGCAGAAACAGGGUACAUACAGAGGCGUCUUGUCAAGGCUAUGGAGGAUAUCAUGGUUAAGUAUGAUGGAACCGUCCGUAAUUCUCUUGGUGAUGUUAUUCAGUUUCUUUAUGGUGAAGAUGGUCUAGAUGCUGUUUGGAUUGAACACCAGAAGCUUGAUUCUCUGAAGAUGAAAAAGAGGGAAUUUGAAAGUACGUACAAAUAUGAUCUUGAUCAUGAAAACUGGAAUCCUAGUUACAUGCUAGCAGAGCAUGUAGAAGAAUUGAAAACAAUUAAGGAGUUUGGCAGUGUAUUUGAUGCAGAACUGGAAAAACUUGUUUCAGAUAGACAGCAACUAGCCACAGAGAUUGCGACUAAUGGUGAUAGCUCAUGGCAUUUGCCUGUUAAUUUAAAGAGGCUCAUCUGGAACGCACAAAAGUUGUUCAAAGUUGACCCAAGGAAACCAUCGGAUAUGCAUCCAGUUGAGGUUGUAGAAGCACUGGAUAAGCUUCAGGAAAAGCUAAUAAUUGUUCCUGGCAGUGACCCAUUGAGCAUUGAGGCUCAGAAAAAUGCCACACUUUUUUUCAAUAUUCUAUUGCGGAGUACAUUAGCUAGUAAGCGUGUUCUUAAGGAGUACCAUCUUACAAGGGAAGCAUUUGAAUGGUUAAUAGGAGAGAUUGAAAGCCGUUUCCUUCAGUCCGUAGUGGCACCAGGCGAGAUGAUUGGUUGUGUUGCAGCACAAUCCAUUGGUGAACCAGCCACUCAGAUGACAUUGAAUACUUUCCAUUAUGCUGGUGUGAGUGCCAAGAAUGUUACUCUUGGUGUCCCCAGGCUAAAGGAACUUAUAAAUGUAGCAAAGAAUAUAAAAACACCAUCUCUUUCCGUGUAUCUAAACUCUGAGAUUAGGAAGGAUAAGGAUAAGGCAAAGAAUGUCCAAUGUGCUUUAGAGUACACAACAUUGCAAAGUGUGACGGAGGCAGCUGAAAUUUGGUAUGAUCCAGAUCCAAUGAACACUAUUAUAGAAGAGGAUGAUGGAUUUCUCCUAGUUGAUAAAGAUGACAGAGAUAUUGUAUCCGGAGAUUUAUCUCAAUGGGUGCUGCGGCUAGAAUUCAGCCAGGAAAUGAUGGUGGACAAAAAUUUAUGUAUGGAAGACAUUGAACAGAAGAUCAAUAAAGACUUCGGCGAUGACUUGAAAUGCAUUCCGACUGAUACUAAUGCACCAAAAAUGAUUCUUCACUUGCGCGUUGUAAAUGAAGAGACUAAAGUUCAAUCAGAAAACCAAUCCUCUGAAGACGACACCUUCCUGAAGAAGGUUGAAACUAAUUUGCUUAAUGACUUGCAACUUCGUGGAAUUCCAGAUAUCAGUAAAGUUUUUAUAAGGGAAGGUAAGAAUAUGAAGUUUGACGGGAUUCGAGGAUUUGUGGAGGAGAAAGAAUGGGCUUUAGACACGGAAGGUGUCAAUCUACUGGCCGUCAUGGUCCAUGAAGAUGUCGACUAUACAAGGACAUCAAGCAAUCACAUGGUUGAAGUUCUUGAGGUACUUGGAAUUGAAGCUGUGAGAAAAGCUCUCAUGGAAGAAAUUCGUAACGUGAUAUCUUUUGAUGGGUCAUAUGUGAAUUACAGGCAUUUAGCGAUUCUUUGUGACACGAUGACAUAUCGGGGCCAUCUGAUGGCCAUUACACGCCAUGGUAUUAAUCGAAAUGAUACGGGGCCAAUGAUGAGAUGUUCAUUUGAGGAGACAGUAGAUAUUCUUCUGGAUGCGGCUGCUUAUGCUCAAAAUGAUCCUCUCAGGGGAGUCACUGAGAAUAUCAUGCUUGGACAAUUGGCUCCUAUUGGUACAGGUAGUUUUACCCUGUUAUUAAAUAAAAAUAUGCUGCAACAGGCUAUGGAGAUUUCACCGGCCACAUUCAAUGAAUCAGAAGAUUUUGAUAUAGGCAUUUAUGGGUCUCCAGUAGCUUCCCCUUAUGUUGGUCUUAUGUCACCAAAUGGCUGGGAUUCACCUACAAUGGACGCACAGUUUUCUCCUUAUAUUGGGAUUAUGAGUGCCUCUCCAUCUGGGUCUCCUGGCUAUAGUCCUUUGUCACCAAGUUAUGAUCCCACAUCACCUGGCUAUAGUCCUAAUUCUGUCCCAUAUAGUCCAACUUCUCCAUCUUAUUCACCAAAAUUGUCCACAUACAGCUCCCUGUCUCCUUCAUAUAGCCCUACAUCUCCAUCAUACAGCCCCGCAUCUCCAUCAUACAGCCCCCUGUCUCCUUCAUAUAGCCCAACAUCUCCAUCAUACAGCCCGACAUCUCCUUCGUACAGCCCCACAUCUCCUGCGUACAGCCCAACAUCUCCUUCAUAUAGACCCACAUCUCCUUCAUAUAGACCCACAUCUCCUGCGUACAGCCCAACAUCUCCCUCUUAUAGUCCUACAAGUCCUGCAUACAGCCCAACAAGUCCUGCAUACAGCCCAACAAGUCCUGCAUACAGCCCAACAUCUCCUUCUUAUAGCCCCACAAGUCCUGCAUACAGCCCAACAAGUCCUGGGUACACCCCCACAAGUCCUGUGUCUAAUCUUUCAUCCCCAAAAUAUAGCCCAGCAACAAACCCCUAUAGCCCCACAUCCCCGGCCUAUAGUCCAACAUCUCCAGCCUAUAGCCCAUCUCCGAUUUAUAGCCCAGCAUCUCCAAGCUACAGUCCUAGCAGACCUGGAUACUCUCCAAGCCAUACAGGAUAUUCAACACCGUAUAGUCCAACUUCUCCAGCAUUUUCUGAAGAAACACCAUAAAGUCCAACUUCUCCAACAUUUUCUGAAGAAAGUCCU